AUGGCAUGUUCAAAAAUACUUUCAGGAGAUUUACCUGAAUUAUUAAACGACAUUAUACAAUAUUUUUAUGAUGACUUUUCAACAUUACAUUCAUGUGUUUUGGUUAACCGAUUAUGGUGUCGUUUAGCAAUCCCAUUAUUAUGGGAAGAUCCAUUUUCAAUCCCUACUCAAAAUUACAAUUGUAUUGAAAUUUAUUUACAUAAUUUAAAUGAUUAUGAUAAAAAAGAUGUGAAUAAAUAUGAAAAUAAUAACUUCUUUUCUUCAAAUACAUUAUUCAAUUAUCCUAGUCUAAUUAAAUGUUUAAAUACGCAUAAAAUUGUUAAUGCUAUUGAAGAGUGGGUUGCUGCACCAAUUGAAAAAAGAUCAAUUUAUUAUUAUUCGACUUCACCAACUUUAAUUUAUAAGUUAUUGUUGAAAGUAUUUGUUGAGAAUAAGGCUAGGUUAAAUGCUUUUGAAAUUAUAUUAAAUAGGGUUAUAGAUUUUCAAUGUUUUAAUGAAUCUUUUGAAUUUUUGUUACAAAAUCCAAAUUUUAUUAGAAAUAUUAAAAUUUUAAAACUUGAAAAAGUUUCGAAUUUGACAAAAAUUUAUUCCCUAUUAAAAUUUUUAUAUUCUAAUUGCAAUUCAAUUUCAACAAUUUUUUUUCAAUUUCAAAAGAAUUUUAAUGAUAAAUUAAUUGAAAAAUAUUCUUCACAAAUAAUUUAUGCACAAAAAAAUCUUAAAAAGGUUUUAUUUGAUUUUAAUGAAUUUCCUUUAUAUUAUUCAUUGUUGUCAUUAAAAAAUUCUAAUUGUUUAAAUACUUUAAAAACUAUCAUAUUUCAUAAUGUUAAUUUUAGUAAUAUUGUCGGCUUAAAUGAAGUAUUUGAACAAUUAAAUGUUUUAGAUUCUAUUCAUAUUCUUUAUUGCCUUUCUUUAAAUUCUGAUUUUAUUCAACAAAUCAUCAAGAUCACUAAACCAUUUAAAUUAAAAUCUUUAUUUAUUAAUGAAUUAGAAAUAUUUCAAAUUGAAACAUUACAAUACUUAUUACAAAAGUCUGGUAAUUAUUUAGAAAAUAUUGGGUUAAUAAGUAGUGAAUUUAAUCAAAAACAAUUAUUCGAAAUAAUUUUAAAAUAUUGUACAAGAAUCAGGUUUUUUGAUUUACCCGGAUUUUGUGAUCAAAAUAUUCAUUUGGCAUUUAAAUUAAUUGAAAAUGCUGAAAAUAAUCUUAAUUACCUCUCUUUGGAUAUAUAUAAUCAAUUAGUACUACAAGGAUUAGGUCAAUUACUUCCUGUUAAAUUAGAAUAUUUAAAUUUAUCUAUUAUGACUAGUACAAGUAAUUUUAAAAUAUUUUUAAAAAGUUCUCAAAGAACUUUUAUUAAGAAAUUAUUAAUAAGAAAUGAAAUGCAAGUAGGAAGUGAAGAUAUUUUACCUUAUAUAAAAGAAUAUAUUAUGAAAGAGAAGAGAGUUAAAUAUUUAGCUAUUAAAGAAGAUUUUGCUGAAGAAAGUAGAGAUUUAUUAUUUUUAAGAGAUGAAGUGAAAAUGUUUGAAUCUUAUGGUAUUAAGGUUCAAAAUUAUUGUGAUUUAAGGAUUCAAAUUUAUAAUUUUAUAAAUAAAAUGUAUUAA